AUGCCGCCGGAUCGGUACAAUCCAAUAGCGGAGGGGUUUUUACGGGACACCGGUUUUUAUUAUGUUUCACAGAUUGGAGUUGUCCAAUGUCAGGCGGCAUUGGUUAAUGCUCUGAUUGAGAGAUGGCGCCCCGAGACUCACAGCUUCCAUUUUCCGGUUGGUGAGUGUGCUGUGACACUAGAGGAUGUGGCGUUAAUUUAUGGUCUUUCGACGAAUGAUUUGCCAGUUACGGGACCGACACUGAGUAGUUAUGAGGCGUUAGAGGCUGAAUGCUUGGAUCAGUUUGGUGUUGCACCUAGGCAGGCAGACUGUAGGGGAAGUUUCAUCAAGUUGACGUGGUUUCGAGCAUUGAAGGAUCGGUUAGUGUUGGUUGAUGAUAUCCAGAUUCAGAGGUACGUGAAGUGCCACAUAAUGUUAUUGUUUGGAACCGUUAUGUUUGGAGAUAAGUCUGGAGCAGGGGUGCACUGGAAGUUUCUCCCAUUACUCCGUAACUUUGCCGGGAUAAUACAGUUCAGUUGGGGUUCGGCAUGCCUGGCACACCUGUACAGAGCUUUGUGUAGGGCAACUCGUGUCGACUGUAAGGAGAUUGAUGGUCCGUUGACACUCUUGCUUGCCUGGGCUUGGAUCCGCCUACCGUUCCUUGCGCCGAUUCCUAGCAAUCCUCGAAUCUUUCCGAUUUCAAAAAGGUGGCAUAACUGGGAACGUGUGAAUUGGCCUUACAGAUUGAGGAAACUUGAGUUUUUUAGGGGCUACCUGGAUACUCUGCAAGAAGGACAGUUUGUUUGGGAGCCUUAUGCAAUUGGAAGGACCGAUCCGGAAGUGAUUCCUCCUGACAUCCGUCAGCAUUCUGCUAUUUGGAGUGCGACAGUUCCACUUAUAUCUUUUGAAUGUGUUGAGUGGCAUGCAUCUGAUAGACUGCAGAGGCAGUUUGGCUUGACUCAGGGUAUUCCUGAUCAGGAGCGAGACCUAGGUGAAGCACACGGCGAAGUUUUGACAGGUCCGAAGAAUCAGGAUUGGUCUGGAACCCACUCAUCAUGGGUUAUGCAGUGGACGAACCGGUAUAGUCUAGUUCUUGUCGAUGACACGGUGCCCUCAGAGCAUCAGGCAAAUAUCUACUUGCAUUGGUACCGAGGUGCAUUUGGUGACCACUUGCAGCUGUCACAGAUGGAACCGCAAGAUAAUCAGCCUGGUGAUCCUAUUAAUAACCAGGAGAACCAAGACACACAAUCACCGCAACCACCUUCGCCACGGCCAACAGCACCGCCCCCCUCACAAAGACAGGCACAACAAGAGCCUGAGCAGUACACUCCAUACAUUCCUGACACGCAUUCUGCGGAUUACCUGACUCCACCAGUAUAUCAGCAGUACUGGAGUGUUCCGCACCAAGAAUCUAUUGAACAAGGUUCUUUUAGCCAGCUACUUGGGUUCAUGGCUCCUGGUCCAGCUUACUCAUAUCCCGCUUAUAGAGACAUUCCCACCGGUCAGAUGGCCCAACCGAGUGGGAUAGCUCCAGGUAGAUUGUCAUUGGAUACUAGACCACGACAGCACACUUCCUCUGGUACAUCCGGAGGGAGAUUUUCUGUUGACUCUGGUAUGAGUGAUGAUGCCACGAGGGGUAUCAUACAGAGCGGCGUUGACCGUCCUGUUCCAAUGAGUCUCAUUCUAGAGAGCUACCAGCCAGUUGAUGAGGAUAAUGAUGACUUUCUGGUUGACCAUCCAGAUGGGGAUGAGGUUGAAGACGAGGAUGAUGACGCGGAUGCCGAUGAGGACGACGACGAGGAUGAGGCGGAUGCUGAGGAUGAUGAUGAUGGGGGUGAUGGUCCGGUUCAUGAUUCAGCGCCUACUGCAGGUACAACUACUAGCGAAAAGGGAAAAGGAUACAACCUUAGAGCUGACCCCCCUCGGCGGAGCGCUAGUCGGUAUACCCCAUCCGCUUUUAAGAAGGUUGCAAAGAAAUGCAAGAAAUUAGUCAAAGAUGUAAAAUGGGGGAUGAGAAAAUGA